AUGCCACGAAUUCGCUCUCAAUCCUCUAGCAAUGUAGCUGAACUUGCCUGGCAGUGCGGUAAUGGGGUUGGCAUUGAGAUCUAUCAAUUCAUGGAACCUAAAACCACACUGCCAGCGAUCAGGAAAACGAGUGAAUUCGAAUAUACGCGUGGCGGCUUCUUUCAUAUCGCAAUAACAGUUGCAGAUCCGGAAGCAGUCAAGAAGUGUAUCGAAAAUGGGGGAAGGCAAUUUGGCGAGACCGCUGGGGUAUUUGGUGAAAAGGCACUAUACGCGGCUGAUCCUUGGGGCAACGUGGUUGAGCUGCUCAGCUGUAGCCUUGAACAGUUGAUGAGUAACAGAAACUGA